GUCAUUCCUGGCCAUGGCAGACGUGGAUCGUAGCCGUUCUCUUUGUGCUGAUUUGUGGGUGUGGGCAACUUCUCUGCUGCUUCGGCUGCCUUAGAAACGGCUGGGAGCGGGGCGACUUCCAGACCUUGGGCCCGUACACGCCCAUCUCGCAGACGGAGUUUCAGGCAGAUGGCUGGGCGGAGUCCAACGGUGUGAAACCGGAUCAU